UGAUACAUUUUACUCAUUGGGAGGCCUUAAUUUUUCCCGCCCAAGGCAUUUUCAUCACAGGAACAUCGAGUCUGCUUGGCAUUUCAUGGACUACCGUUUGCUUAAAGGUAAGACAUGUUUUAAUUGUUCUUAGUUAAAGAAUUCAAGUGUCUGUAGCAGUUAAACAUUGUCUUAAGUUACUGCAAAUUACCAAACAUGGCAACUUUACUGUACAGCAAGUCAAUUAAGUUAUAGUGUGAAGGAUUCGAAUUCAGUCUACUCUACAUUGUCUUUGAUUUGACUAAAUUUAUUGCAAUGAUUGAAAAAGUAGUCUCAAUGUCACAAUUUAAUGUGACUAACGUAAUACCGUUAUAUAGUGGCCGUAGAAUACAAGCUACUCUUUUAUUUAAUUUACUUUUUUGGCCUCAGCCCAACCCCCCCAGCUGAGGUCUCUUCUUAUUGUUGCUACCACAUUUCAUUGUUUAUUAUUGCGGAGGGAAAACUAAGGUUGUAUAACAUGCUUACUGAAGUAUAAUCGGAUUAUCCUUGAACGCUCUUUCAAGUGUAAUUUCCUAAACGGAACUGUUGUUAGUUCGCUUAUUUCUACCCGGAUACAUCUAAGCUUCCCACCGGUUACGUUUGUUGGUCGUACACCGCUAGGGCGCUUCCUGUUGUUGUCACAAAGUGUAGUCCAGGUUAAACAAGUGGAUGUUUAUGACUGGAAAAUGUUCGCAGCGGGUUUGAAGUGUCCGGGCUGUGGUUCCUCCAACAUAGUGGACGAUGAUCUCUACUGCCAAGCCCAGCUGGUGUGCGUGGACUGCGGCUCUGUGGUGUCUGAGGGGACCCUGGCCGAUGACCCGGUGGGGGGUACAGAUGUCAGCUACAGCAGGACCACAGCAGUGACAAAAAAACCCUGCCUCAAUCUGAUAAAAGGUCUGGAGCGCGUGAAAGAAAUGUGUCGGAUUCUCCGGCUCAACAGUGAAAUAGAGGAACUGGCAUUGAUGUAUUUCAGGCAGGCCUACCAGCAGGAGAGCUUCAUCAACGUGACGCUCCAGAGGAAGGAGGUGCUUGCUGGUUGCUGCGUGUACGUGAGCUGCAGACAGCGGGACUGGCCGAUCACUUUGGGAACCAUCAGCAGCCUCCUGGAUGCUGACCAGACGCUGCUGGGAGGCGUUUACCAGGAAAUGAUCAAGAUCCUGAACAUCCAGGCUCCUUUUGUCAAUAUCGCAGAUGUCAUAGAAGCACAUGUUCAGGAAUAUAAAAUAAGUGCACAAGACGUUACUAAAGAGCUGGCAGAGGACUCCAAGGUGUUGACCAAACGAGCCGUAGCGUUGGUGGAGUUGGCAGGAGAUUCCUGGAUCGUGACCGGACGACGGCCCCUACCCAUCAUGAUGGCAGCAACGUAUUUGGCCUGGCAGUCUUUGAACCCCAACAAACAUCGCCUCAGGCUCUCCCUCGACAAAUUCUGUCACCUGGCCAAAGUGCAAAAGCGUAAUCCAGCUGUAACGAGAAUAACGGAGAUGAAGGAAGUGCUAUGUAAGCUUGGACGGGAACUUCCCUGGGUCAGGGAAGCAGUGACUCGGGACGACGUUGUUCGGCUGGUGGGGGAUAUUCUAGAGCACCGGCACACCCUGCUGACACGGGCUCUGAGAACCCACGAGACGGCGAUGCUAGCUGAUUGCCCUCAGGCCAGCGCUUUGAACUCUCCAACAGAGGAGGUGGCACCGUCCCAACACUCUGAGAGCAGGGAUCAGACUGCAGACGCAUCCUCUGUGGUGCAACUCUGUCCCACUGACAGAAUGGAAAACCAAGAAGGAGAUGACUCUCACCAGACUGAAGACCCGGAACCAAACUGGGGUAAAAGGGUCCUGUUUGCUCCUCCCUGUGUGAUUCAUGCCAAGAGGAGGAGAGAGGAACCGCCUGCGCAGAACUUUACCGGCGAUGAGGAAAUCUCCGACAGCGAGAUCGAUUCAUACAUCCGGACUCCACAAGAAGCUCGAGACUUUGCCCUGAUGCAGAAGGCGGUGUCCUCCUCUGACAAUGGGAACCCAUAGCUAACUUAUACUUGUUUAAUUAAGAAUUAACCUUUUAUUUGUUUUUUGAAGGAUGUUUAAUUGUUAAAGAUUUUACAAAAAAAUAUUUUUGCAUGUCUGAUUCAUGGUUUCCUGCUUGUUGCAGAGAUUGUUUGUCAAGUAUUUUAUUUUAAAUUUAUGUUGCUUAACAUUAUUACAAUAAAGCAAUUUAUUUACACAAAUUAA